CCCACGCGUCGCCUCGCUGAGGCAGACGAUCUUUGGCGCGCCUGACAUGCGCGCAACACUUGGAGGAGGGAAAAAAAUGGCAGCUGGCGAUUAGCAGACAAACAUCUUCUUCAACAUUCUUCCACCGGACACACGGACCCUGAGGAAGACGUGUCAAGUUGAGCAUCAAACAUCCAUCACCAGGCAUCAUGGGAAAAACACUCCUUAAAGAUCAAAGGGAGGGUAAAAAGGACAAAACAGAAGUAACCAAAGAGUCCUUCACUUGGGAAGAAUAUCUUAAAGAGACGUCGUCCACGCCGGCGCCACCCAGCUGCUUUCGACAGGCCACAGUUCCGCCCUCCAACGACUUCAAAGUGGGCAUGAAAGUGGAAGCCCACGACCCGCGCAACGCCACCUCUGUGUGCAUCGCCAGCGUGAUGGGCCUGACGGGGGUGCGCCUGCGACUGCGCCUGGACGGCAGCGACAACAGCAACGACUUCUGGCGCCUGGUGGACACCUCCGACAUCCAGCCCAUCGGCACCUGCGAGAAGAACGGAGACAUGCUGCAACCGCCGCUGGGAUUUCGCAUGAACGCCUCAUCGUGGCCCAUGUUCCUCCUGAGAACCUUGAACGGAGCGGAGAUGGCUCCAGGGACAGCCUUCAAAAAGGAGCCCCCCGGGCCCCCCCAGAACCACUUCAAGCCGGGCAUGAAGCUGGAGGCCGUGGACAAGAAGAACCCGCACCUCAUCUGCCCCGCCACCAUCGGAGAGGUGAAGGGCGAGGAAGUCUUCGUCACGUUCGACGGCUGGAGGGGCGCCUUCGACUACUGGUGCAAGUACGACUCGCGGGAUAUCUUCCCCGUGGGCUGGUGCUCGCUGACCAAGCACAGCCUGCAGACCCCCGGCAACAGUGUCACGCUGCCCAAGAACGUGCCAGUUGUGUCUCCGUCGUCACCCUCCAAGCCCAGCAGGCGGUCCCUGCAGGCCCCCUACAGACUCUCCAACCCGCUGCCCCAGCUGCCCGUCAGGAAGGGCGUACGGGGUCGCCGGCCCAAGAGCGAGACCCUGGCCCUCCUCAAAGCCGCAGCCGAGGCGGCGGCGGCCCAAAGCGACGCCCAGCUGGUGCCUCGGCCGCACAAAAAGAGGGGCCCCAAACCAGGAAGCAAGAGAAAACCCAAGGUUCUCCAAAGGUCGUCGCAUCCAGUCCAGGUCCCACGCGGGAUCCCCGCCGGCUCGCCGUCUGCCGUCUCAACAGGUGCAGGUGGAGUCCGCUCCCGGCGACCACGCCCCCCGUCUCACCUUGCCUUCCCUGUCCCAGUGUGCGUCUACGUCGACAAGCGCGGGAGCUGCGGCCCGCACUUGGACCGCAAGCAAGUGCAGCAUCUGCCGGACCACUUUGGCCCGGGGCCCGCCAAUACCGUGCUGCAGCAGGCGGUCCAGUCCUGCUUGGACUGCGCCUACCAGCCCAAAGUCCUGCUGGGCGCCCUGCACACGCACUCGGGGGGCGGCGAGGUGGUCAGAGUGAGGACCGACGGGGGGGUCCGCCUGGUCAAACUCCCCUCCGCCGCCAGCGCCGCCUUCGUGCUGCGCUUCUUGGAGACCGUGUGUCGUCACCUGCAGUGUGACAACCUGUUCAGCAGCCAGCCCUGCAGCCAUUACGACCACUACCACAGGACCAAGUCAGUGAAAGAGGAGGCGCUGGACACGUCGUUGCUGGCUCGGGUCGGCAAGCGAAGCCUCGCCGGGGUGUCGCCGCCAUACGCCGCGCCGCUCUCUCCCAAACAUGUACGCACCGACGCCCACCCUUCAGAAGCCGAGACGCUGCCGCACCAAGACAGCGUCCUCAUGAAGGAGCAGCGCUACAUGGACUCCGCCUCCAACUCCAUGACCCCGCGACCCCAGAUGCUGCGCAGUUGCUCCGAGUACCGCUCCCCGACUGCGGGCGGCGCCGUGGCCCCCGUCCGCCGCCUCUCGUCCAACCCCGCCUCCACGCCGCUGCUCAGAAGAGUCGAAGCCAGCUCUACCACAGGACCCGACAGCAGCCCCCCAGACCCCGGGAAGAAGCCUUCAUGCUGGUCCAUCCAGGACGUGAUGCACUUUGUCAGGCAUGCUGACCCUGCUACUUUGGCACCACACGCUGAAUUGUUCCGGAAACAUGAGAUUGACGGCAAAGCGCUACUUCUCCUGCGCAGUGACAUGAUGAUGAAGUACAUGGGUCUGAAGCUUGGCCCCGCCCUCAAACUGUGUCACCACAUCGACAGGCUGAAGCAGGGCAAGGUGUGACACAAGGUCACAUGACCGACACACGGGUCACAUGACCGGCACACGGGUCACAUGACUGGACGCAUGACCGCAGCCCGCCGAGCCCAAGAAGAAGAAGGAAGACGUUUCCAUGGUUACCUCUCCAAGAUGAUGUUUCUUCUUCUUCUUGUGGUGAUUGAUGUUGUACAGCGAGAGAGAGAUGGUCACGUGAUGACUUUCACUUCCUGUUUGAAGAAGGAAUGUCUGACCUCG